GGAAGGAGGCUCACACAACUUUUUCCUCCACCGCCCAACUUUUUUUUUUUGUGUGUGUGUUUCUGUGACUGGGUGUGACUCUGCUCUGUAACGUGAGAGCCACGUGACCAAUAGGAAGACAAACACUCUGGAAGUCUGUAGUUCUUCCGCAAACUCUUCAAGUUUGUACCGUGUGGUGAGAGGAGCAGGCGAGCGGCCCACAGUCCAGCAACACUUCCACAGAACUAAUCAGCCUGAGCGACACCAGCGAAGAUGGCAGACCAGCUGCAGAAGCUUGUAGCAGAGAGGAAGGACAUGGUGGAGACUGUGAUGGAGGUGUUCGAGCAAGGAGCCGAAGUGGUGGCCAGUAUCGCGGGUGACCUCUUCCCCGUUUUCUCCAUCGCCGCUCCGAUCGUCAAACUGGCUCUGGACAAUGUGGAGAGCAAAGAGGCCGCGUUCAUGAAGGAGCAGUUUCAGAAAGUUCGGGAGCGUCUGGAGGUGGUGUCUGAGGAGAUUAAGCGGAUCAACGACGAGAUCAAGAAGAGCGGAGUGGAUACUGCGUAUUUCUCACUGGAGGAGAACAUCACCAACCAGUUCAGGAAGUACAUGGACAUCCUUAACGCCAAACCCAAGUUCAGAGAAGUCAAGAAGAAGCUUUUCCUGGACCAUUUUGCCAAGACGGGGGGCGACAAAAACCUUAACACCCUCUACAACGUUGUGACUGGAAAUAACUUCUCCGGGGAGUCUGUGCUGGAGAUCACCCUGAACUACGAGGGGAAAAGUCGCCGGGCGGUGGAGGACUUCUGCGCCAGACUAAAGAAGCUUUUCUGCAUCGGACUAAUCGCUCUGUUGGGCCACGCCGCUCUGAAGGGAUACGACGAGGAGGAUGCACUUCUGAAAGACUGGGGUGAGAAGAUGAACACUGUCCAAGGUAAAAUGAACGCUGUGAUCGAAGACUGCAUCGUCAGCUUCCCCAAACAGGCCGAGCUGGAUUCCCGUCAGCUGGUGAGAGACCAGUCCCACUUGACCAGCCAGGAGUUAGCUGAUGCUAUCAUAGAGAAACUGAAGAAGAAGUACGACUGGGUCGGCUGGUCCGUGCGCGUGUUCAAGUUGCCUUCGGGCCUGUUCGCCAACAAGAAGGAUUUCCACUGCCCAACGGGGAAGAGUCGCUUCCAGGUCCCUUCAUCGGAUGAGAAACUCAAUGUCUGGGUGUCCUACAGCUCCUCGUCUGAGCCUGUGGACGGGAGCCGCAUCCAGCAGCUGAUCCAGAGUCAGAAGAAGGUCACGGUGAAGGGUGUAGCUGAGUUCCUGUUCGAGACGUUACCCGGCGACUGCGUGGUCCACACGGUGAAAACCAGCAAGGACCUGGCCUGCUCCUGGAGCUUCAGCGACGAGCUACACUACUGGGAGGAGCACAAGAACUUUUUCGUCUGCGUUCACUCCGCUUAAAGUUUCAGAUGCUCAAAAAACUCUCGAGUCACUAAUUCUGCUUCAUGUUUGCACAGAUGUAUUCACUGAGUAUGCCGCUGCCUCUCAUGUUACACACUAUGUGCCUUAAAAACACCUCUCUGUCUUUUCUAAGUUCAUCUUUUCUACUUUUCUAAGAAUGUUUGUUGUUAGUUUCUUGCAGCGAUCGGGUGCAAACACCACAAACCGACAGUCCUUUUCUUUUUCACAUUUCUGUUUUGCUUCUUUCUCAAAAGAACUAAAAGAGCGUUGUCCUCUUUUUGGACACUAGAACAAAGCUCGAUUGUAUUUUCG